AAAAUAUUUCUUGGUUUUUCCCUUAGCGGAAAUUUUAUUCAUUAUCAUGUAAUUAGGUAUAUUUUACAUACAUUUCUUUCUUUAACAUUUUCAUUUUUUAUCUACAACAAGGAAAACCCAAAAUGCAACACCAAAUAUUGGAUGCUGUUGCAGACACGUCUCCGGCUAGUGGAUUUGAUGGCAUAGAUACGUCUUCGGGUAGUGGAUUUGAUGGCAUAGAUACGUCUUCGGCUAGUGGAUUAGAUGGCACAGAUAUGUCUUCGGGUAGUGGAUGAGAUGG